AUGACAGAUUAUAGGAAAAAUGUGAUGACAAUCGUUUUGGGCACGGAGAAGGUGCCAACCUCUUCUCUUCUUGAUGCAAGGGUCUUCUACUCGACAGUCAAGGAGACGCUUCAUGUCACGCAUCACGUAACAGAAAAAGCAUCGCCAACCGCGGCCUCAGAGAUUGAAAAGCCAGACAACUCCUCAGAUCCGAACGUGGCCACCAUCGUCGGCCCCGUGGUCCCCUCAGUCGUGCUCCUCAUAAUCCUCGCGUUUCUCGGUCUCCGAUGGUACAAGAAGCGAGAAAAGAUAAAGGACCAAGAGGCCCAGAUCCAGCCCGACGAAGAAGCCAAGGUUGAUAAGGCUCAACUGCACUCGGACUGCGUGCCUCGGCCGACCUAUGAGCUCGAGGGCUCUAUGCCCAUCGUUAUAGACCCUACCUCUCCGGACGGGGCAGAGAUGGCUGCAAACGAGGUUGCUGCUCACGAGAUGCCGACAGACAAGAAGCUUAGGGAGAGAAGGACUGGCAAGAGCGAGGAGGGGCAGAUCAUGACGGAAGAAAGCAAGGCUGAAGAAGGGAAAAGCGAAGAGGAGAAGGAUGAUGAAAGCAAACCAGGGAAUGGGAGCAACGACGCAGCAGGCGCUUCCAAGUGA